UUUUAAUUGUCAUCCAUUGCAUUGCAUUUUCUGACUUGAUGACAUUGAAUUUUAAAGCUCAGCCAGCCAACCAGUGAAACAUGAAUUUGUCAGCCAAUGUAACUAGAAUCUUAUCCCGUGCAAGGAGAAACCUCCUGUCAUUAGAUCCAGAAGGACGAUUAGCCCAUUAUUGCACCAGGAAUAGAACCUUGAGACUGAGAGUACAUCAUGGUACCACGUCACAUCAAGAUAUCAAUGUCAACAGAUCAUCUAGAUCAUCAUAUCAUCAGGUUAGGAGACACAUCUCUUCAUCCAUCCAUUUACAUGGUGCAUCGUCAGAUGUACCUCUGACAAGAGACAGGUUUCCUGAUCUAGCCAGGGGCAGGUUCUCUCAGCUAACUGACGCUGAUGUAGCCUACUUUGACAAUCUUCUCGAGGGUAGAAUUAUCACCGAUCAGGACGAGCUGGAAGGAGCUAAUACAGACUGGCUUAGGAUAUGUAAAGGUUCAAGUCGUCUUUUACUGAGGCCCAAGACGACUGAUGAGGUAUCCCAGAUUCUUUCCUACUGUCAUUCAAGAAACCUAGCAGUCGUACCACAGAGUGGCAACACCGGUCUCGUUGGGGGGAGCAUUCCUUUGUUUGACGAGAUCAUCAUAUCUACGACUCUCAUGAACCAAAUCAUCAAUAUUGAUGACACCUCAGGUGUUUUGGUAGCUCAGGCUGGGUGCGUCCUGGAGAAGCUAGAUGAAGCUGUCAGCGAGAAAGGCCUAGUCAUGCCCCUGGACCUGGGUGCCAAGGGCAGCUGCUGUAUUGGCGGCAAUGUUUCAACCAACGCUGGAGGGCUGCGCUUGUUAAGAUACGGAUCUCUGCAUGGUACAGUCUUGGGUAUUGAAGCAGUGCUUGCAGACGGUAGGAUCGUGGACUGCUUGACGUCACUAAGUAAAGACAAUACAGGCUAUGAUCUGAAGCAGUUGUUCAUUGGCUCUGAGGGAACGUUGGGGGUUGUGACUGGUGUGGCUAUCAAAUGCCCUCAGAGACCUAAAGCAGUCAACUUAGCUUUUCUAGGUGUGACAGAUUUUGAAAAUGUAAAGAGGACUUUCAAGGAGAGUAAGAAGAAUUUGAGUGAAAUCUUAUCGGCUUGUGAGAUCAUGGAUCAUGCGUCAAUGCAGGUGGUUGUUAAUCAGCUUGGUCUUACUAAUCCCGUCUCGGAGCAUCCAUUCUAUAUGUUAAUUGAGACAUCAGGAUCAAACAGUACUCACGACGAAGAGAAACUCAAUACAUUCCUGGAAGAUGCCUUGUCCACCGGCUUUGUCUCUGAUGGCACGGUUGCUACGGAUGUAUCCAAGAUCACGGCGCUGUGGAGCUUGCGUGAACGCAUCGCAGAAGGCUUACUAAAGUUGGGAUGGUGCUUCAAGUACGACCUAACAGUCCCUAUCAACGACUUCUACCGACUAGUCGAGGAAACCCGCCAUCGUCUCGAUGGCACCAACGCCACAGUGGUUGGUUACGGUCAUGUCGGAGACGAAAACCUCCACUUGAACGCCGUCAUGCCCGAGUAUGAUGCCAACGUCCACGCACUCCUGGAACCGUUUGUUUAUGAGUGGACGUCGGAACGAAGGGGAAGUGUAAGUGCAGAGCAUGGGUUGGGAUUCUUGAAGAGGAAUUAUAUUGGGCUGUCCAAGACGGCUGAAGCAGUUGAUAUCAUGCAAGGGAUGAAGAGUUUACUCGAUCCCAAAGGAAUCUUGAAUCCAUACAAAGUCCUUCCUCUGACAAAGUCAUGAAACUCAUGAAUGACUCAUGAUAUCGCCUAGAUGCUUUUUACAGUCAGCGAGAGCGGUAUUUGAAAAUCAAUUUACUUCCAAGCCUUCUGUGAUUGAAUAAAGAAUGCGGGAAGACAGAGAGAAAUUUGAGGUUUGGAUCCAGAGAGAUACGGGUAACAGAUUACACAUGAUAACCUGUGGUAAUGAUUUCAAAAUUAGUUCCAGCCUAAUCUAAUAGAAUCUAUGGGAAUGUGGGCCAUAUGAUUCUGGUAGAAAGUGUGUAAUUGCUGACAUAUGAGCAAAAAGGAGCACAGCAUUCUAGCCAGGUCUUUUUUUUUUUCAAGCAAUAAUUGUACCACAUGUGCUUGUCUGUGUUGGCCAUUUUCGGUGUGAUUUUUUUUCAGCUUUGUAGAUUCCAUGAUUUCACAAAGUUGAAAAUGCACCAAACCUACAUCUUGUUGUGGUCAUAAUUAAUAAUGAGCUACAUGCAAGUAGCAUGUUGACGACCAAAUUUGAUCUUAUCAAGUGAUGAUGCCAUUAUGUGGUAAGUGAAUAUGACUUGUUCAAUAAAAUUUCUCUCUCUUUUUGAUUGCUAGGGGUGGGAUAGAUGAUAAUGAUUAUAUUGGAUGGCUUUAUUUCAUGAAAUACCAGAAAUAUUCCACUCGUUAAGGCCAAUAUUUUCCCGAGCUCUUGGAAUAUUUCUGGUAUUCCAUUCUGAGCAUUCCAAUAUAAUAUAAAUGUCUUUUUUGUAUUUGAAGUAUUGGAUCAGCUUAAAAACUGAAUAUUGAGAGUGAUUUAAGUCAUUUAAGAAACGUUUAGAUAAUUCAUGAUUUGAGAGUAAUUUGAAUUGCUGAAGAAACUUUAGAGCAGUCUUAAUUUGAAUAUGGUUCAAGUCGGUAGAGGUUAAUUGUCAAUCCUAAAUUUGAGAGUUAUUCCAGUCACUUGAGAAAUUUUUGGUGAAGGAUCAGAGAUUUCUAAAUCAAUCAAGCAUUAAUGCGUAAUAGCCAAGAAAUAUAUUUAUAUAUAUACAUAUAUAUAUAUA